CUUGCGCGUGCCCGUCGCUGCUCGUGCACAUGCGCUCCUCUGGUUGGUUAUUUGCUGCAGCCUCGAAAACUUCACUUUUCCACAAAUAAUUGGAGCUAAAUGUUGUUUAUCCAACUGCUGUGAACGCCGGUGAAGCCGUAAACCGUGCGCAGGAUUUAACCCGGGUUAACGCCGCUCAUGUAAUGACGCAGUCAAACCGCUGAAGUUCUUUUUUCGCAGUUUGCGUUGGCAAAUGUCACAUCACACCCUAUGGAGAAAAAACACGAGAUUUGCAGACCCUUCCCGCCAACUCGCAACCCGGUGAGGAAAACGUGUGCAGAGAUCGUCAGUGAAGCCAGACAGUCCCUGCGCGUUCAGUCCACCCGGCGACCUUUCACACCCAGAGAUGCACACAGGCAACUCUUUGGCACGAGCUCUGCUCGCGUGGAUCGUGAGAGCAGACCGCCAUCGUCCUUCAGUCUCCAUGCUCAAAAUUUUGAUGCUCCCGAUUCAAGGCCGGGUUCGGGGACUCGACUCGCUCCACUGAACCAUGAGCCAAAGUUUCCAGUCCCCUGUGACGCUAAGGAUGCAUUCAAAGGCGUUCCUAAACCCCCCGCUGAACCACUGGAAGUGAAGAGAGGAGUCGCCGGGGCACGGGCUCGUCUCCUCAGAGCUGGAUCUCUACCCACAAUCCCUCCUGUAGAGAAACGCACAGAUGUGACGGAGAGAUUAAACACAGACUCAGGACAAAAGCAGCCAUCAGUGAAACGACUCCACAGCACGGACCACACCACAGUCCACUGUGCUCCACACAGAGCCGGCUCACACAGGACUGCCAGUGAAAGUAGACUGAAGCAGCCUGGUGAUGACUCAGGAGUUAGACCCACAGACUGCACAACAGGACAGAGAACAGAGCUGGAGGCCGGAGUCAUCGCCACGUGCACCGGGGAGGAUGUGGAGUCGCUGAUGUGGAAGAAUAAGAUCGGGCCUCUUCUCCAGCAGCUGGAGAGCGUGGCUGCAGGCAGCUCCGAGGGCUCGGCGGACUAUCUGUGUGAUUUGUGUGAUGGUCUCCAUGGCACCUUGGCAGAGGCGGACAUGCUCGGCCGACACUGUGAGAGGAGGUCAGGGAUUCUUAGAACACUGUUCCGGCUCAUCGACCUCAACUCGGCCCAGCUCAACCUGCACAUCGCCAAGCUCUGUCUGGCUCUGUGUGUCAGUGGAAACAACCUGCUCAACAUCUGUAAGCUCAUCUUCCAGAUCAGCCGCAGUGAAAACAAUGACAUCCUCUUCCAGAACAACUCCAUCAUAGACUCCUUGCUGAGCGUUUUGCACCAUGAGGAAGUGUCUGCGUCUGGAGAGGCCCUCCUGUACUGCGUUGGCACUCUGAAAUUUCUCUCAGGAAACAGUGCGAUCCUCAGACUCCUGCUGGACAAGAACUGCAUCGGUGUGGCUCAGAAACUUGUGCAGAGGCUUCACACAGCGGAAGAGGCCCACUUCACCAUAGCAGGACACAUCCUCGUGCAGCUGACAGCCACCCUGAGGAACCUCGCCGAGCACCCAGAUUCCCGUCCACACUUUGUGUCCUUCGGUGUUCUGUCAGAGCUCUGUCUGGUGCUGCAUCGUCACCGCAAAGACCGGGACGUCUGCACCAACGUCUCCAGAAUAUGCAGUAAACUCUCCUCUUAUUCGGAGUGUCGGCUCGCUCUGGCCCAGACCCCCAACUGCUACAGUCUAUUUUUAGAACUGCUGAGCAAACAUCACCAAAAACAGGACCUCGUUGUGCGCCUCCUUUUCACGCUGGUCAACCUCACGGCCAAAAGCGAAGAGGCGCGGCUACAGCUCUACCAGUGCAGCGGCUGCAUGGACACGCUCCUGCGACUGUACGACGGUUACCAGCGAAGAGGUUCUUCACCACACACCUCACCCGGCAAACCUGCUGCUCCCCCGCUGAGCGUGGACGAGGACGAGGACGUACUGGUGAAGCUGGUCAGUGUUCUGGCCAACAUGUGCAUCCAUCCGGCUGUAGGUCCAGCACUGGCAAACAACACGGCCUGCCUUCAGCUUCUGAUGGAGACUCUUGAGCUGAGGUCGAUGCAGGAGAGCGAGGAGCUGCUGGUGAACGUGGCUGCCACCAUCAACAACCUGUCCUUCUACCAGGAGGAGAGCUCUGUCAUCAGACACAGUCAACUCGCCAUCACAAAGUUGAUGCUGAAGUUGUUGCUCAGCUCCAGUGCGGACGCCAUGCUGGAGGCCACGCGUGUGUACGGGAACAUGUCGCUGUCCAAGGAUGUGCGGGACUUUAUUAUGCAAAACAAAGUGCACCGCUUUGUGGUGACGCUGCUCGACUCUAAGAGCACAGAAAUGUGCUUUUCAGCCUGCGGAGUCCUCACCAACCUGGCCAUGGACCCUCCCAACCGGGUCAGUCUCUCACUGGAGGGGGCCUCUGUCAAGCUGCUGGACUGUCUGAAAGACUUUGGACCAGGUGACUGGCAGCUGGCGGGACAGGUUUGUCAGGCGUUGUGGAACCUGAUCACUGGUGGUUCAGAGGAGCCACUGGACACACGGGAGAGAGAGUCUCUGCUGGACACCCUCACCACAUAUUUAGAUGAAGAGGAGGCUCUGAAGUGGACAGACAAUGAAGACAUGAGGGAUUACCAAAGGACAUGCUGGGAGUUGGAGUUCCAGCCUGUAGCUCAAAAGCUGGUGAGGACGCUCCAGACCCCGAAUCAGACAGACUGACACUGGGACAUCGUGGAGCGAGGUGUCACAACGCCACUCAAGUAAAUCCUUCACCUUCUGAAGAACGUGAUUUAUGUGCUUCAUCUGAUUAGUAUCAAACAUAUAAAUCAAGCUUCCGCUGCACAUGCAGUCACUGUGUCGAACACGAGCAAAGACGAUAGCUGUUUAACUUUGGAGUCUUAACCUGACCUUAAUUAUCUAAGUGAUCUUGAUUCUGGCAUUUGAAUCGUUGAUUAUUAAGUAAAACACUACAUACUGUGUCCCUACCCACUCACCAAGGUCACACAUGUGCAAGGACACACGUUCAGGGUGAGAGUGAGACAGGCACUGUUCUUCCUAUUGACCAAUCAAAAUGAUUUCUGUGUCUUGUCUGUCUUUUUUUUAAUUGUUAUUUUAUUGUGAUGUGUUAAAGGAACAAAACUCACCUUUGACAUCUCUAUCAAACCAUAUGCUCAGGUACUUUCUUUUGCAAAUAGCUGUAAAAAAAAAACAAAAGAGAGAGACUUUUUAUGACAAGCUAACUAUGAAUGUCUCUCGUGAAUUAUGACGCUACAAACUUUUUUACAGCAAGUGUCAGACGUUCAGAUUGCCAGGGUUUCAAAGUCAAAGCUACAUCAGCUCCAGUAGCUGAUAAAGGUGAUCAAUCAUGCAGGACAAAUACGAGCUGACCGAAUCUGCCUCAAUUGGGAGAAAUUAUGUGAAGUAAAGGCCGUUAAAAAUGACAUUUCCUGAAGACAAAUACUUGCACUUCCACUUUAAAUGUAUCUUUUAUUUAUUUCAUUGCCAUCUUAGCCUUAUUAAUUCAAGUCUUUAGGACUUCAUCAGGGUUAACCGAGUACAACGUGUGAAUAAUUAAUUAUUUACGCAUAAGUACAUUCUGUGAUAGUUUGUAAACAUUUUAACAUUCAUGCACUUUAACUGUUAUUCCUCCUCAGUUUGUUAAGGCUUUUUUUUCCCCGUAGGUUUACGUGCAUUUACAAGGAUAAUUUCAGGUUGUUUGAAUAUGAUGAUUAAAUCUUGUUUUCCAAGUACUGUGCUGUUUUAGUUUUAUGAUAUGUAACAGAUGACUAACCUGGAAUUUACCUCAUGAGCAAGUCCUUUAUUGUCGUGUAUUGUGUGACACUGGAGCCAGUUCACAAUAAAGCAGAACGGAGUGGGAGACGUUA